AUAAUUAACAGGUGAAUCUCCUUCAGUGUCUCUGAUCAUCAAUCCCAGCAGAACUCAACACUUUACUGCUGACUCUCUCUCACUGAGCUGUGAGGACCAGAGUGACUCUACUGGAUGGACAGUGAGAGGAUACACACACAGUGAGACACUGUUUGAGUGUUCAUCAGUUUCAGGAUCUACAUGUAACAUCAGCCCCCUCUCUACAUCACACACUGGAGUUUACUGGUGUCAGUCUGAAUCUGGAAGACGCAGUAAUCCUGUCAACAUCACAGUGCACAAUGGUGAUGUGAUACUGGAGAGUCCUGUCCAUCCUGUAACUGAGGGACAUCCUCUGACUUUACACUGUUUACAUCACAACUCAAAGAUCUCAGACUCUGGUGUUGAUUUCUAUAAAAAUGAUUCAGUUCUCCAGUCCCAGACUACAGGAGAGAUGACCAUCAGUACUGUCUCAAAGUCAGAUGAAGGUUUCUACCACUGUAAACACCCAAAGAGUGGAGAGUCACCGAAAAGCUGGAUUUCAGUCAGAACUUCAGAUUCUGGAUCUUCUGGUGUAAUUAUAGGACUGAGUUUGGCCUUCUUGUUUGUCAUCUUAAUGAUUGUACUGAUCCUGCUGCUGCACUUCAAGAAGAAAAAAGGUGUAGAAUAUCAGACUCCUUCUACUGUAAAUCAGGACACCAAUCAGCCUGCAGAUGGUGAUAACAUCUACGAAAAUGCUGAUAUCAGGACCACAGAAGAUUCUGCAGCUGGAAAAAGCAGUAUGAUCCACUCACAGGAUGUCCACAGAAACAAGACACAAAAUGAUGCUCUUGCUGGACUGAGUGAUGUGACUUAUGCUGAUAUUGAACUGAAAAACCAAAAGAAACCAAAGAGAAAACAAGGAAAGAGCAGUGAGGGAGCUGACACUGUUUAUUCAGAACUGAAGCAGAACACAGAUAAAGAUGCUGCUGCUGGACCAAGUGAUGUGACUUAUGCUAAUAUUGAACUGAAAAACCAAAAGAAACCAAAGAGAAAACAAGGAAAGAGCAGUGAGGGAGCUGACACUGUUUAUUCAGAACUGAAGCAGAACACAGAUAAAGGUCCAUAAAGAAAGUCUAGAGUCUCCAAUCAAGAAUUGUUGAAACAGCUGAAGAACAUAUUUACAUAUUUAUAGACAUAUUUUAGGGGGCACAUUGUAGUGUCUGGAAAGCUUGUUUUUUGCUUAAUACAGAACUAAGCAUUGUACCAACUCCUGAUAUGAAUGUUAAAGGAGGAACAGGGAGCAAUUUUAAAAUUAUAUUUCCUAUCGUUCACAGUGGGUCAGAAUUGGCUUUAUCCAGGUUAAAUUAAGCUUCCAGUUUUCAGUCACUGGAUCAGUAUAAUUUAUAAGCUGGCAGUGUGGAUUACUAAGUGUUCACUCGUAUAUUGUAAUACUGAUCUUAAUGACAAAUAAAACAUGAAUAAAAAGUAUAUAUUGUUUCACAGUAAAAACGAUUUUUCUUACAUAUUUCUGUCAACAUUUAAUUUCUUACUGUAUGUGAAUUAUUUUAUUGAAGUUAAGAUUCAUUCAUGUUUUUUGUUUAUUUACUUAUUUAUGCUAUUUACCUAUUAGUGGAAUAAUCAGAUAUUUUGUCUUCACUGCUUUAAACAGUCAAUGAUGCAGUACUGUCUUCGAGUGAGCGGCUCAUGGUCUUUUGGCUCAUAGACUGAUAUUUUGUCUAAUUUUAUACCUUUAAUCUUUUUUAAUUUAGUGCCUCUAUAAUAUGUAAAAUCAUAUAUAU